AUGCCGCUCGAGGGGGCGCGAGCAAAGUUGUUUCUUAAAGGGCUAUCAAGCAAGGAUGUCGGCAAAGUGGAUGACAUUGUUGAAGCAGAAGGGAGAGGCCCGGUGAACCUGCUGGUGGCGUAUCCGGACGGAGCUGGACAAGUGAAUACCGGCGCACACGAGGACGUCGUCUGGUAUGGCAUGCAGGGGUCGAUUGGAAGAGAUGAAGGCAUUGAUCCUAAUGACAAACGAACGCUUUCGCGGUGCGCUCUUACCGCGGGUAUCAUCAGCCGACUCGAAGAAACGCGCGUUGUGCUUGUGAAUAGUCCACCAAUGACUGGGAAAACUUCACUGGCGACCUUAGUGUGCCGCGCCUUGGUCGACAAGCACAGGGAGGAAAAGAAGAAGGCGGCUGUCUUCAACUUGUCGGUUUUGACGAUCGCUGAGAACCAGACUUUCGAGACCAUUUUCAAGGAGCGUUGCCGGGUCAGCUGGGUAUUUGCCAAGGGGGUCCUCCCCAGUAAAGGCUGGAUGGUGUAUAUGGUACUGGACGAGACGCAAGUACUCCACAAAGAAUCAGAUUCCUCUCCGCGACACAAGUCUAGUACACUUUGGGAGCUGGUCAAGCAAGUUCAGAUCGAUGCGGCUUACCCUGUGAGAAUCUUGCUGCUCGCAGCUUACGCCUCUAGUGUGCAAUGUACUGGGCUCACUACUCCAACCCACUUUGACAAACGAAUGGUUUUCGGGAUUGAUGAACUGAACUUUUGCCCUGCCGAAGUCUCCGAGUACGUCCAGAAGUGGUUUAACCUCGUCACGCUUGUGGAAUGGUCGGCAUCUGCGAUGGAGGCAUUCUGUGCCAACUUGGUAGAACUGACGGGUGGGCACGUUGGUCUUUGUGCGAAAGCCAUUGACAAACUGAACGAAGUCCUAGACCACUAUUGCAGGUGGGGGCUUGCUGUUCCAUCGCCAGCCAAGUGGAUCCGUAUGCUCCAAACUGGGUCACUGAUAGAAGCCAACGACAACGCGCUGUUUGAGGCGCUGACAUCGACACGCGCUGUGAAUAAUGUGUUGACAUCCCUUACGACGGACGAGCUGGAUCGGCUAGAACGCAUUGCUUAUGGUGCCAAUCCUGAUUCCGAUGUUGGUAUAGUUGAAGCUUGUCUUCGAAAGGGUAUUCUGACUCGAACUGAGCGAUGUGUUAAGUUCUCGUCGCCAGUGAUGUGGCGAUUCUUCGUCAAGAUGCGCGUUGGUCAGAUCGUCCGAGCACUAGAAGCCCCCAAUACCCUUCCAGAGAUGAUCCUUCGAGUGAUGCGAUCGAUCGACUACGAUUGCAUCCGUCAGAUGCUUGGCAGAAGCUCUUUUAGCGGCAUUCCUUUGGAAAGAGCGUGGCAAAUGGAGUUUUACAAGGCUGCAUAUCGCUGCACGCCAAGCACUUACGUGACGUCUGCCGACGUGGGUGCGUUGUUUGGAUCCCGUGGGUUCCUUGAUUUUACAAUUGAUGGAGGUGACGUCAUUUGGGGCAUCGAGUUAUUGCGCGAGGCCAGCAACUUGGCUGAACAUAUCGAUCGUUUUUCCCCUAGUGGCAGCUACUCGUCGCUCGGGUUGACCGACUUCUGUCUGGUUGACUUUAGGUGUGUUGCUUCGAUUGACGAUGUGCGAACGGAAGAUAUCGAGAAAGAUAUGCGCACCUGCAACAAGCUCUUCGUCGUGUGCUAUAACGCGCAAAUGACGGGCGUUUUGAUGAUUAAUUCCGCAAUGAAAACCGUCUACAGGAUGCAAGCUUAG